UGUAGAUGACAUAUUGAUAGCUUGGAUUGGUAGUGAGGAAGAACUAAAAGAGUUCCAUGAGUGGAUCAAUAAACUUCAUAUGAACAUCAACUUUACAUUGGAACUCGAGUCAGAACGGAGGAUCAACUUUUUAGACCUUUCAAUUAGUAGACACCUAAAUAAGUUAACUUUUAGUAUAUAUAGGAAACCCUCUCAAACAUCCACCAAAAUCAACAAAACUUCAUGCCAUUACAUGGGCCAUAAAAUGGCGGCUUUCAACACAUACAUCACUAGACUGCUCAAUGUUCCUUUGAGUCAAGAUGCUUACAGUGAGGAGGUGAACACCCUGAGGUAUCUGGCAGGGGAGAAUGGUUACCAUCCGGAUGUCAUUGACAGGCUAAUUGACAGGAGAAGGAAGAAACAAGGCAUGAAAAAACCCCACUUGUCGACUUCAGAUCCUUCGAACAAUAAAUACUGCUGCAUCCCUUUCUAUGGCGGCAUUUCACAUAAAAUCGCCAACGUAAUUAGACAGAUCGAAAACUCCAAGGUAACAUUUAAAUCUGAUAACAUCUUGAGCCAAUUCAUAAUUAAGAAUAAGAGCCCUAUUGAUAACUUGGACAAACCGGGCGUCUACAGAUUGGAGUGCGGUGAACCAGGCUGCAACGUUGUUUAUGUGGGCAGGAGUGGCAGAUCCAUUCGAACGAGGACAAGAGAACAUCUAAAUAGUGCUAAAAAUCCAAACAACGAUAAAUCUAUCUUCGGUUGUCACAUAAGGGAAGAAGGACAUAGGUUCGAUAUUGAAGAGAACACCAAACUUAUUCAUCACUGCGAUUUUGGCUGCAAACAGGAAAUUCUAGAGGAGGUAGAAAUCUUUAAACACCUUAAGAACACAGAAUACAGGACACUAAAUGCGAUGUUGACCAACAACGUGAAAGACACAUAUAAAAUCUUAUAUUGAUUCCCCCGGGGGACGCCACUGUAUCGUCGAGAAAAUUGAACACUUGAGUUAACCUUGGCUGGAAGAAGAAGAUUUUGUCAGCACGAACGUCAGUUUGUUUGUGUUUUGUUUUUGUUUGUCUUUUCUUGUGUUUUGGGGUCCCAUAUUAUUAUGCCUUUUGACCGUAUAUAUUUUAUUUUUAUUUUUGUUUUGUGACUUUUCUGAUUGAUGUUUAUCAUAUGACAAUGGAACCUUUAAAUCAAUCCUUGGUUUGAUAAUGGCGCAAGCCGAAACAUGUAACCGGAUGAUUUGAAUACAAGGUUCCACCACUGAAGUGCUU